AUGGAAGCGGUUGGACUCGUCUACGGCCUCGACCCCGCUGCGGAAGCAUUUCUCGUACGCCUCACUAAGAACGACCUCGAGCAGCCGGUCACCUCUUUUGUCGACUCGAUCGCUAAUUUACUCGGCUUACCCUUUAUCACCAGCAACCCCUCUUUGUUUUUCCCUUCGAGCGAUAGAAAAAGUCCGACGUCGCCACGUCAACAGCACUUUCGGUUAUGGCGAAUCGACGAGCCGAAUGGUCUGGGAAGCUCCGACUCCAGACUAAAUGCCGCUUACCAGACGGGUUGUCGCUACCCAAGCGAGCUGCGAAAGACUCCCGUGCAGGACCAUUUCAUGGCCGCAGAGAUUACUUUUGGGUCUGAUCCUCUUCGGGUUUGGCUCUUUCCCGAGCGUCGUCAAGAUCAAGCGUCGCGCCAUUCGCAGAUCGACUUUCUUGUGGAGUUGCUGCGGCCGGAGGAACUUGAGCUCGUCGCUAGGGGCGGCGAAAAAUCCCGUGUUGUCGGGCCCUCAGCGGGCUUGAUGGCUCAAGAGACAUCACAACCUCCAUUCCGCGAACCGAUGGUCCCUACCAUCGCAGCAGCAGCAGCAAUAGCAGAUUGGCGAGAACGGCCGCUCUCCUACAGUUCGCCUCCGGCUUAUACCGUUUUCGGGGACGACAGCGAACUAGGCGCCGUGGAGACCCCGCAUUACGUGAAGCGGAGUACUACUCCUCCCUUUGACGAGUCGGGCAAGAGGACAACCUACCUUGGAGCAAAGGGGUCUCGCCAACGACGCAUCCGGAUUGGCAUGCUCAUCUUGCUUUUGGUGGUCCUUGCCGGGUCCGUUGCGGUGGGACUGAAGAUCGGAUUUGGAAAACGGGAUACAUCCGGCGGCACCGCGGAUCGCAGCGAUCCCAGCACCAGUCUGAGUACGCCGACUCCACAGCCGACCUCACAGCCAAUUGUGCCGGGUACCAUGGUCAGAGUGUUGAGAGGCCAUACUCAGCCGGUUUUCGGUAUGAUUGCCUCUCCAAAGGGCGACCGACUCUACUCUAUCGCGUCAAGAGCUGAUCCCUCCAACGGGAAUCAAAUUUUCGACUAUAACAUCCUAAGCUGGAGCGUUGAGCAAGCUCCAAAUGUCAAUAAGACUCCUACGGUGGAUUUCAUCCCUUUUACGAAUAUGAUCUCACUCAGCUUCGAUCCUAUAAAGGACCCUGAGGGAGAGUCUUUAUUUGUAUGCACCCAGAGGAAGGAUGGAGACGCUCGCGAGGAAACUCGGGUCCUAAACACUCGUACGAGGCGCGUCGAGUCGUUAGAUAGCACCGCGUGCAUUUCGGACGCCAAGAACGGGACUCAUUUAUCCUACGAUUUCGAAGCCGGGACAACGACGAUUUCGAAACCAGGCGAAAAACCGAUAGUGCUUAGGGCCGGGGCUGAUAAAUACUUCGGUCUUUCCCCCGACGGAGACGCUAUCGCUUUCACGUAUGGGGCCAAUGUCUCAAUGCACCAAGCCCAGGUUACCCUGUUGGCCAGCAACUACAGUCUGAGUCACAUACCAAGCGACACCGAGACGCUUAACAUCUACUCUGGCCGUCGAGACUUGCCCAUAGGGAUAUGGGACUACGAGGCAGCCAUGAAUGAUCCUUCCACCAUCGGGUUCCGAUGGUCCCCGUCUUCGGACCUUAUUUACAUCAUCUGGAAUUCGACAAUCAUGGUGGCGCCCAAUUUGAAACCCGAUCUUCAACACAACUCCCAAUUAGUCCGCGACGCCCACAUACUUCUCAAGGUUCCUUCAACGUCCCCCAACAAGAAUUACGUCGAUAUCAGUGACGAUGGCCAAAAUAUCUUCACUGCCAUGGACGACACCCGUCGCGUCUUUGGACAGUGGGACGCCAAGCAAGGCGAGUUCAAGGGAACUUUCAACCAUUCGUGUCCUGUUAGCUUUUUCCUUCAACCUCGUGGCGCCCCGUACCUGUACACUUAUGUCGGGUCCGAGGGCUGCGUGGAUAACGGUUUGCCCGGGAACGAUUCGCAUGCGAUCUAUCAAUGGGCUUUGUACUGA